CUCUCAAAACCCUUAAAACCCUAACUAUGUUCCUAACUAAUCUCACCUCUUUAACCACUCUUUUCAACGAUAAAUCCAUCAGCUGCCACUUCGCCACUUCCUUUUUGCCAUUUCUAACAAAGAAUUUAAUGAAACCAAUUAAGUUGUUGAUGAUUAAUUAAAAUCAAGAAAAUGGGGUCGUAUCAAGAACCGUAUAAAGAGUCUUCCUUUCGCUUUCUACACACAACAACUCAAUCUCCUCCACACUUAAAAUUGCUCUGAUCAUAAUAUUUACUGCCAUUACUAUUAUUACUUUAGCAGCUUUGAAAAGUGUGCUUGGAUAGAUCUUAUGUUCUGUUCUGUUCUCUUCUGCUCUGUUUCUCUGCCUCUAUAUUACUAUCUUUGCUUUUCUAAAACACAAGGAACCAAUUUUCUUGAGUUUCUUUUACUAACUUUCUUUGCUUCUGUUUCCCUCUUUUUUUUCUUUACUUUUCCCUCACUCUUUAAUUGCUAUAAUACAUAUUUGUAAACCUUGGUAGUGUUGAGUUCUUUACAUAUUACAGUAGUCUUUGCAUUGCAUCUAUUAGGUGGUCUUUGAGUCCUUACGUUCCUUCCUCUUUUGGGUUUCUGUUUCCAUAUGCAUAAACCAUCUGUUAUUUUACAUUUCAGUGAAAAAAAUUUGAAGUACUUACAUCUUUUUCAUUGCCUAAAAUGUUAACCAGUUUAUUCACUCUGUUUCCCUCUGCCUUUGCUCUGUUUUUCUUCUAACUAACUUUUAGUUUCUUCCAGAUCUUUAAGAAGGUUUUGUUUUGAAACUUUUAACUCAAUGAAGAAGAGUUCUUUCACCAUCAAACUAGUCAUUCUAGUGUUCUGCAUAUUUUGUUUGAUCAGUUGUUGCCUUUGUGAAGAAGAAAAUGAUUCAGCUCCAAUGGAGGAAAAAGAGAAAGCAGCACUGUACUCCGCCAUACAAGGGUUUGUAGGUAAAUUGUGGAAUGGCUCAGAUCUUUAUCCAGAUCCCUGUGGCUGGACUCCUAUUCAGGGAAUUUCUUGUGAUAUCUUUGAUGGCUUUUGGUAUGUGACUGAUUUAAGCAUUGGACCAAUUCAUGACAACUCUCUUGAUUGUGUACCAAAUGCAGAGUUUAGGCCACAACUCUUUGAGCUUAAGCACUUAAAAUCAUUAUCCUUCUUUAAUUGCUUUAUGUCUCCUUUCAAACACCCAGUUACUAUUCCUACCAGAAGUUGGGAAAGACUUGCAAGAAACUUGGAAAAAUUGGAGUUUAGAUCAAACCCGGGUCUUAUUGGACAAAUACCAUCUAAUUUUGGUGCCCUAAAUAAGCUUCAAUCUCUAGUUUUACUAGAAAAUGGGUUAACAGGAAAAUUACCUAGAAUUGUUGGUAAGUUAACCAAUUUGAAAAGAUUAGUACUUUCUGGGAAUUGGUUUAAUGGGAGCAUACCAGAUAGCUUUGGAGGGUUAAAUCAGCUACUAAUAUUGGAUUUAAGUAGGAAUUUACUAUCUGGGUCAUUGCCUUUAAGUAUUGGAGGAAUGGUUUCACUUCUGAAACUUGAUUUAAGCAACAAUCGAUUACAAGGGAAGCUGCCAAUAGAAAUUGGUUAUUUGAAGAAUUUGACACUUUUGGACUUAAGAAACAACAAAAUCUCAGGUGGGUUAACAAAUUCACUUGAAGAAAUGUUUUCUUUAGAAGAGAUGGCUCUGUCAAACAACCCCAUUGGAGGAGACCUUAUGGGCAUAAAGUGGCAUAACCUAAAGAAUUUGGUCGUUUUAGACCUAUCUAAUAUGGGUUUGACAGGGGAAAUUCCUAUUUCUAUUACAGAAUUGAAAAGGUUGAGAUUUUUGGGUCUUAGCGACAAUAAUCUUACAGGCAAUCUCUCACCAAAGCUAGCAACUUUGCCUAAUGUUAGUGCUCUAUACUUAAAUGGAAAUAACUUGACAGGAGAGCUUCAAUUCUCCGAAUGGUUCUACAUGAAAUUAGGGAGGCGUUUUGGGGCUUGGAAUAAUCCAAAUUUGUGCUUCCCUACUGGAUUAAUUUCAAGAACCCAUUUUCCAUAUGGGGUAAAACCAUGCAAGGAAAAGAUUACUUUGCAAGAAGAACAAACCAAUUCAGAUUCCAAGUUGUACGAUGGUAAAAUGAAUCAGAGUUCCAUUUUGACGAUUUCUUUGGGAUUCUCAAAGUAUAGCAUUGAUGGGUUUUGGUGGGUAUUUGUAGUUGAAAUAUUAAUGAUGGUUUGGUUCUAACUCUUGGAUAGGUUCCCAUAGGGCACUUCAUAUUUCAGACUCCAAAAGGUAUGCUGAGCUUUAGGCUUUAGAGGGUAACUUAUUUUGAUAUGUAACAAUUGUUGAUUUUCAUCCAUCUUGUUGUCGCCUAACUUAAAGCUAAUUGCUUUUGAAUUAGAUAACAUAUAUUUCAUAUUCAAUUGCUGGUUA